UGAGCAGAGGAAACCAGUUCGCAGGACAAGGGUGUUUUCGGAUCCCUUUUAACUGAAUUGGGAGCGAAUUGUGAAUGGGACAGCAAUGUUGUCCAGGGAAGGUUUAAUUCCUGAUGAUUACGUCCUGACCCGGUUGGUAGAGGAUGUCCUGCAGCCCAAAUUCAAGUCGAAACCGAGGAAGUCGCGCUUUGUGGCCAAGAACGGUGCGUGCAACGUGGCGCACACGAACAUCCGCGAACAGGGUCGCUUUCUGCAGGACGUGUUCACCACACUGGUGGAUCUCAAAUGGCUUUACACGCUGAUCAUCUUCACCAUGUCGUUCCUGUGCAGUUGGUUCCUGUUUGGUAUGAUUUGGUGGCUCAUUGCUUUUGCGCACGGCGACCUGGACAUGAACGCGGACGGGUUUGUGCCGUGCGUCACGGAGAUCCACUCGUUCUCCUCGGCCUUUUUGUUCUCCAUCGAAGUGCAGGUGACGAUCGGGUUCGGAGGGCGCAUGAUCACGGAGGAGUGCGUGUCUGCGGUGAUCGUGCUGAUCAUGCAGAACAUUGUGGGUCUGGUGAUUAACGCCAUCAUGCUGGGAUGCAUCUUUAUGAAGACUGCGCAAGCGCGCCGCCGCGCCGAGACUCUGAUCUUCAGCAAGCACGCAGUGAUCUCGCUGAGGAACAACAAGCUGUGCUUCAUGGUGCGCAUCGGCGACCUGCGCAAGAGCAUGAUCAUCAGCGCCACAGUGCGCAUGCAGCUGGUGCGCCGCAGCGCCACAGAGGAGGGCGAAGUGAUUCCGCUGGAGCAGAUCGACAUCCAGACGGACAACCCGGUGGGCGGCAGCAGCAUCUUCCUCGUGUCUCCGCUCAUCAUCAGCCACGUGAUUGAUAAGAGCAGCCCCAUGUAUGAGCUGUCAGCUGAAGACUUGCAGCGUGAGAACAUCGAGGUGGUGGUGGUGUUGGAGGGCGUGGUGGAGACCACCGGCAUCACCACGCAGGCGCGCACAUCCUACGUGUCCGAGGAGAUCCUGUGGGGCCAGCGCUUCGUGCCCACCGUGUCCGAAGAAGAAGGCAUGUACGCCGUGGAUUACUCCAAGUUCGGCAACACAGUGAAGGUGCUCACACCGACCUGCAGUGCCCGGAAGUUGGACGAGGAUGAGGGCGUGGUUUGGUUCAAAACACGAGACCUCACUUCUGCCAGAACUUCUAUCCGGAGGCGCGUAAAGCGACAAGCGACCCAUCACAUUGAGUAAACCUUCUUUUCACUGGAGACAUUAUUUAUUGAUCUGGACUACACAUGGCAGCUCUGUCUAUCCUAGACUUCUGCCUGCUAUUGGAUUUUAUAUUAUUUAGUAUGAGGAUUUUUUGUAUUUCUAUCCAAAUGCUGCAGAAAUUGAGUUAUGCAACUUAUACCAGACUUCUCAUCUCAUU